CGGGCAGGGCGCCUGCGCCGGGAGCGGGCCCUCGGCCCCUCAGCUGCUCUCGACAUGGCGCUGAGGCGGCGGCCCGCGCUCGCCCUGCUGCUGCUCCUGCGGGGCUGCUUGAUAGGGGCUGUGAAUCUCAAAUCCAGCAACCGAAACCCAGUGGUACAGGAAUUUGAAAGUGUGGAACUAUCUUGUAUCAUUACGGAUUCACAGACAAAUGACCCCAGGAUUGAGUGGAAGAAAAUCCAAGAUGAACAAACCACAUAUGUGUUUUUUGACAACAAAAUUCAGGGAGACCUGGCCGGCCGUGCAGAACUGCUGGGGAAAACUUCUCUGAAGAUCUGGAACGUGACCCGGACGGACUCAGCCCUUUACCGCUGCGAGGUGGUUGCUCGGCACGACCGCAAGGAGAUUGAUGAGAUUGUCAUCGAGUUAACUGUGCAAGUGAAGCCGGUGCCCCCAGUGUGCAGGGUGCCAAGGGCUGUGCCUGUGGGCAAGGCGGCCACGCUGACCUGCCAGGAGGGCGAGGGCUACCCCCGGCCACAUUACAGCUGGUACCGCAACGACGUGCCACUGCCCACAGAUUCCAGGGCCAACCCCCGGUUCCGAAACUCCUCUUUCCUCUUCAACCCUGACACGGGCACCCUGGUGUUCAGCGCCAUCCACAAGGAGGACUCGGGCCAGUACUACUGCAUCGCCUCCAACGAUGCGGGCUCAGCCCGCUGCGAGGAGCAGGACAUGGAAGUGUAUGACCUCAACAUCGGCGGGAUUAUUGGGGGAGUCCUGGUUGUCCUGACUGUACUGGCCCUGAUCACAGUGGGCAUCUGCUGUGCCUACAGACGUGGCUACUUCAUCAACAAUAAGCAGAACGGGGAAAGCUACAAGAACCCAGGGAAGCCGGAUGGAGUUAACUACAUCAGGACGGACGAUGAGGGCGACUUCAGACACAAGUCCUCAUUCGUGAUCUAGACGGCAGCACGGCCGCACGCACAUGUGGAUACCUCCACGGGGGACCCUGCUGGGAGCAGCCCUGCGAGGGGAGCCAGACGGGGCUGGACACGCGCACGAAAGCUUUUUGUUUUGGCCAAAGUUGACCGCUACUCCUUUCUUACUUUUUAACAAGCCACACGAAUAAAAGAGUUUUCCUCAAGAUGGGCACAGUCACAAGGCCAAAAAGUGACCGGGUUCUCGAGGCCGACCCCAUCGGGGUCUGGGUGACCUCAGGGCGGGCGCCAAGGGCCCGGGAGGCACGGUGAUCUGCUCCGUGGCAUCGGCAUCGGUAUCCAAGGGCUGGCAGAGGGGGGCAAGGCAUGAGCCUCAGCUGCAGUGACCUGGCUUCACGGUGGCCAAGUGGUCAGGCCACUUCAUCCUGAGGCUUUGCUGUCACUGUCCUAGUGUCCAUCUUGGGGAAUCUCUUUGGGUCAGCAUUUUAUAACAACAGUCCAAAUCAGGAAGGUAAAUUGCUUGUUAGAAGGAGGGAAUCUUCUUACCUGUAGGAACCCUGCUCAUCCAUGGCGGGUCCCAGUGUUGAAGGAAGACCUUCAUCUUAUGCUAAAUCUGAAAUGGUACUGAUACUAUGUUCUGCUUUUCUAUGGGUAUUUUAUAAAAUUUUACAUUCUAAAUUUUUGCUAAA